AUGAUCCUUCAUGUAAUUCCCCUCCCCUCAUCACUUGUGACCUCACUUUACAAAAAAACCCCUCUUACCUGGGCUUCUACUGCUCACACAUCUCUCUUCUUCAUGUACGUUGUUCAUAUAUCUAUCUAUCUAUCUAUCUAUCUAUCUAUCUAUCUAUCUAUCUAUUCAAGGUUGUUCAUAUCUAUCUAUCUAUGCCUGUUCAUAUCUACCUAUCUAUCUAUGGCUGUUCAUAUCUAUCUAUCUAUGGCUGUUCAUAUCUAUCUAUCUAUCUAUCUAUCUAUCUAUCUAUCUAUCUAUCUAUCUAAGGCUGUUCAUAUCUAUCUAUCUAUCUAUGGCUAUUCAUAUCUAUCUAUCUAUCUAUAUAUCUAUCUAUCUAUCUAUCUAUAUAAGGUUGCAUAUUCAUCUAUAUCUAUCUAUCUAUGCCUGUUCAUAUCUAUAUCUAUCUAUCUAUGGCUGUUCAUAUCUAUCUAUCUAUCUAUCUAUCUAUCUAAGGCUGUUCAUAUCUAUCUAUAUAUCUAUGGCUAUUCAUAUCUAUCUAUCUAUCUAUCUAUCUAUCUAAGGCUGUUCAUAUCUAUCUAUGGCUAUUCAUAUCUAUCUAUCUAUCUAUCUAAGGCUGUUCAUAUCUAUCUAUCCAUCUAUCUAUCUAUCUAUCUAUCUAUCUAUCUAUCUAUCUACAGAAUAUCUGCUCAUUUCAAAGCCAAACAACUGACAACACCAGACGCAAACAACUGGCAUUUUCACAUGUAA